GGCAGCAUGAGCCCGUUCAGGCACUUGGGCAAGAUCCAGAAGCGCCUGGAAGACGUCAAGAACCAGUGGGUCCGGCCAGCCAGGGCCGACUUCAGCAACCACGAGAGCGCCCGGCUGGCCACCGACGCCCUCCUGGACGGGGGCUUCGAAGCUUACGGGCGGGCGCUCAGCCAGGAAGGCGAGGUGGACUUCCUGUCCUCGGAGGAGGUCCAGUACAUCCGAGCCCAGGCCAGAGAACCCCCCUGCGCCCUGGACGCCCCGGGAGGGGCGGAGGCAGGCCCCCAGGGGCUGGACGCCUGCUCCCUGCAGUCAGGUACCUACUUCCCCGUGGCCUCGGAGGUCAGCGAGCCGGCGCCGAUGCUCGCCUGGGCUGCCGCCGAGAAGCCCUACCUGAAGGACAAGUCCAGCGCCACCGUGUACUUCCAGACGGACAAGCACAACAACAUCCGAGACCUGGUCCGGCGCUGCAUCUCCCGGACCAGCCAGGUCCUGGUCAUCCUGAUGGAUGAGUUCACGGACGUGGAGAUCUUCUGUGACAUUCUGGAGGCGGCCAACAAGCGCGGGGUGUGCGUCUGCGUGCUCCUGGACCGGGGCGGCGUGCGGCUCUUCCAGGAGAUGUGUGACAAAGUCCGGGUCUGUGACAGUCACCUCAAGAACGUCUCCGUCCGGAGCGUGGCGGGCGUGGUGUACUGCGCCAAGUCCGGCCGGAAGUUCGCGGGCCAGAUCCGGGAGAAGUUCCUCAUCUCGGACUGGAGGGUCGUCCUGUGCGGCUCGUACAG